ACGACACAAAUUCGUAAAGAAGUGUUUACUGUUAAGGAUUUAUCCGAAUAAAAUCCUGAACAUGUGUAUCGAUGUCCUUCACAAACAUUGAAACAACACCCACUUCUGUCUUAAACUUACCUACUCCUUGGUUGGCAGUUGGCACCUCUCUUCAUUUUUUUCACACUUCUUUCUCCUUUGGAAGCCCUAACAACAUAGUAACAUGUCCGAACCCUGACUCAUAAUGGCUCAAUCUCCCAACUCUCCAAAGCUCUCCCUCUCUUCCAGCUUUACCUCCAAACCCUUCCUCCACUUUCACUCCAACUCCUCACUUCCUGCCAAAUUCAAGCGACCACCUUCUUUCAAAAUCCUUUUCUCUGCUUCCCAACCGCCGCCGCCAAGCUCCAAGCCCACCACCGCCCCUAAAACCUUUAAUCUUAUCACCCUCCUCCGUGCUAUCCCAGACUGGGCUGAUCGUAUUCAAGAGCGUGGAAUGCAACAAAAUCGCGCUCUUUACAACCACGAGAAAUGGGUUCAUCAUAGAAGUUCACUACGUCACCUUCGACAUCUACUUUCCAGUUUACAGUCGCGUGUCAUCUUAUCAUUGGUUCCACCUGUUUUAGCCUUCACUUCAGUAGCUAUUGUCGUUGCCUUGUACAACACUGCCGUGGAUUUGCAUUGGUUCCCUGGCUUUUUCCCAGUUCUGAGAGCUUCUUCGUUGCCUUAUCAGUUGACAGCGCCUGCAUUGGCUUUGCUGUUGGUUUUUAGAACCGAGGCCUCCUAUUCAAGGUAUGAAGAGGGAAGGAAGGCAUGGACUAAGGUAAUUGCUGGUACAAAUGAUUUCGCUAGGCAGGUAAUUGCUGGGGUCGACAAUUCGGCUGAUGACCAGUCCAUCAAAGCUGCUCUCUUGCAAUACAUUAUGGCUUUUCCUGUUGCACUUAAGUGUCAUGUCAUGUAUGGCUCGGAUAUUGGCAGAGAUCUUCAAAAUUUGCUUGAAGUAGAUGAUUUAGCGUUGAUACUGAACUCAAAGCAUCGGCCACGCUGCAUAAUCGAGUUCAUUUCUCAAAGCCUUCAACUGCUGAAUUUGGAAGAAUCAAAGAGAACUAUGUUGGAGUCAAAGAUAUCAUGUUUCCAUGAAGGAAUUGGUGUAUGUGAACAACUCAUGGGGAUUCCUAUCCCUCUAUCAUACACUCGGUUGACAUCAAGGUUUUUGGUCCUAUGGCAUCUCACUCUUCCUAUCAUACUCUGGGAUGAUUGCCAUUGGAUUGUUGUUCCUGCUACUUUCAUCAGUGCUGCUUCCUUGUUCUGCAUAGAAGAAUUUCUUUCAUGUCACAGGUUGGUGUUCUUAUUGAGGAGCCAUUUCCAAUGUUGGCCCUUGAUGAGCUCUGCAUCGUAACGCAGAACAAUAUAAAAGAAGCGAUAGCAACAGAGAAGGAUAUUCAAGCGAUGUUAAAGGGGAAAAGAAAGAGGCAUUCUUACAAACAUUCACCUAAUGGUUGCCCCAACACAUAGUGUAAACAGGGUAAUUGCCGAAGGCUGUGCUUAUUGUGAAAUGUUUUUCACAAUUGGUCUUUGCCUUUUGCUAUCUGGAAUCUAGAUGUACAAAAGUAUAGUUAAAUGAUGCAUAAAGAAAUGAUAAUCAUAGAAUAUCUAUGUAUAUUGUACACAAUUUUCUGAUAAAUAGAAAAUAAAUUAGCUUCUUAUUGACUUA